AAUGGAUAAAAAGAUAAUAGCAGAUGUAUUCCAAAGACAUUUAGAUUAAUUGACCAGUCGUCUCAAUGAAGUAUGUUUUAAUAAAUUAGGAGAUAGGACAUUCCAGCACUGUGCAUUCUAUCAGGAAAAGAGGAUGGCUCAAUCAAACCAAAAACUAAAGCUUUAUUUGUGUGGUUAUUUGGAUACGAUAUGAUUGAGACCGUGUUCAUAGCAACAAAGAAACAAAUUUUCUAUUUGGCAAGUGAGAAGAAGUGUAAAUAUGUUGUUUUUACUUUUUAAUAGUGUAGAUGAUGGAGGAGACUAAACAACGAUUGGGUGGCAGAUAUGAAGUACACUUCUAUAAGAAAGUUGCUGAUAAUCGUGAAAGUUUUGAAAAAAUUCGUUAGAAAUUAGGGAAUGUUAAGCUAGGAAUGCCUACUACAGAGCAACAGGCAGGUACUUUAGCCACAGAAUGGUAUGACUAUAAAGGAUGGUCUCAAAUUGUGGAUGCAAGUUAAUUUAUAAGCGAUAUACUUGCAGUAAAGGAUGAUUAAGAAUAAGCCUUUAUAAAUCAAUCAUCUUAAUUGACAACUCGUCUUUUCAAGAAACUCAUAAAAUAGAUAGAAGAUUCAAUAGAUGUUGGAACACGCAUAACUCAUUAAGAUUUAGCUAAGAAAGUAGAGUAAUCAUUGGAUAAUGACAAACAAAAAGUUAUAAAAGAUAUUGGAUUAUAAGAUGGCUUAUAUGAUUUUGCUUAUACACCAAUAAUUUAGAGUGGUGGUAAUUAUCAGCAAGUUGAUAGUCCCAACAAAGAAUAUCUUUCUUCAGAUGUCAUUAUCAUCUCACUUGGUACUUAAGUGAAUGAAUAUAAUACUAAUUGUAUUAGAACAUUGUUUAUUAAUCCUACAGAAGUUCAAAAAAAAUUGUAUAACACAAUACUAGAUGUUUAGAGCAAAAUAGUAGGAUUAUUAACAGUAGGGAAUCCAUUGAAUUAAGUUUAUAAGGAUGCAUUAAUAAUAUUAGAACAAAAAACUUUAGAAUUGAGUAUAGCAAAUAUUUAAUUUCCAACUUCUUUUGGAUACGGCAUAGGUCUAGAAUUAAAAGAGCCUUUUCUUGCAAUUUCUGAAAAGAGUACACAUAUUGUAGCAAAGAAUGAAGUAUAUUUUGUUUAAGUAACUUUGGAAAAUCUACCUAAUGGAUAAAAAGGUAUAAACUACACAAUUUCUGUUGGUGAUGUUAUAGUUGUCACAAAUGGAGCAGCCAAUGUUACAACUAAUUAAAUUCCUAAAGCUUAUAAAUAAAUAUCAUAUUAAUUACAAGAAGAGGAUGAAUAACCAGCUCCUAAGUAAUAACCUAAGUAACCGGAUGCUCCUAGAGAAGGUAGAACUAGAGGACCACGUAAUUAACAGAUUUAAAUACAAAGGGAGAAUGAAAAGUAGAGACAAAUUCAUUAAGAGAAGUUAGCCAAGGAUAAAUAAACUGAAUUAGAGUAAAGGUUAGAGCAGGAAUAAUUUAUAUAGAAUUCCUAAGAAACUAAAGCAUUAGAGUUAGAAAAAUUAUAGUGUUACUAAAAACCAGAACAAUAUCCAAAAGAGUUGUAAAAAGGAUAGAUUUAUAUUGAUAAUUAGAAGUGUGCAGUUUUAGUACCAUUAUUAGGUACUCAUGUACCAUUUCAUGUUUCUUGUAUUAAAAAUGUUAGUAAGAUUGAUGAAGGAAAGAUGGGCUCAUCUAUAAGAAUCAAUUUCUUUACUUCUGAGACAACUGCAGGAUAGAUUCAAUUCCCAUAAAUAGAUGGAGAAACUAUAUUUAUUAAAGAAUUAUAAUAUAGAUCAAAGAAGAGUGAUCGUCCUUAGAAUUUAAUAUUGUAGAUAAAAUAAUUAUAGAAAAAAGUGAAGGCAGAAUAAUAAGUGGAAAGAGAGAAAUAACAUGUUGGUGAAUUAGAACCUUUAGUAGUCAGCAAAUCUGGAAGAAAACCAAUUUUUAAAGAUUUGAAAGUGAGACCUACUUUUGGAUCUGGUAAAGCUGCAGGUAUUUUGGAAGUACAUUAAAAUGGAUUUAGAUAUGUUCAUUAAAAUAAAGAAUAAUUGGAUAUUGUAUUUAAGAAUAUUAAGCAUUACAUUUAUUAAAGUCCAGAAUAAGAUAUUAUAGCUGCCUUACAUUUUCAUCUUCAUUCUCCUAUAGUUCUAGGUAAGAGAAAGACACAUGAUGUGUAGUUUUAUUGUGAGGUUGGAGGAGCAGUAGAACAUUUAGAAGGAAGAAGAAAAAAUAAUAGAAAUGAUGAUGAUGAAAUAGAAGAGGAAGAGAGAUUGCGUGUACAUAGAAAAAAGAUGGCUAGAGAAUUUGAAGUGUUCAUUAAAACAAUUGAGGAAAUGGGUGCAGAUUAUAAAAUAUAAUUUGAAAAACCAUUUAGAGAUCUUGGAUUUGAAGGAAAUUGGAAUAGAGCUAGAUUAUUUUUAUAACCUACUCAUAAUACUUUAAUGAAUGUUGUUGAAAGUCCAUUCUUUAUCUUGACAUUAUCUGAAGUUGAAAUAUGUUGUUUUGAACGUAUAAUUCCAGGAAUUAAAUCUUUUGACUUAGUUUUUGUUUUUAAAAAUUAUGAUAAAUAGGUUUUGAGAAUUGAGAGUAUUGAUAUUAAAGAUUUAGAAGGUGUUAAAAAUUGGUUAGAUAGAGUAUUAUUUAAUAUAUAUAUAUUUAUAGAUGAAUUUACUCUUUUUUGAAGUAGCAUAGAAUUUAGUUUGGAAAAAUGUACUUGCCUAAAUUUAAAAAGAUAUUCCAGGAUUUGUUUAAGAUGGAGGUUGGACUAAUAUUUUGGCUGAGAGUGAGGAAGAGGAAGGAGAAGAUGAUGAUCCAGAAGCUGGUGAUAGUGAAUUUUCACCUGAAUAAUCAGUACAUAAUAAAAUUAAUGUUAUUAGGAAGAAGAUGGAGAUGAUGAUGAUGAUGAUUCUGAUUUUACUGAAGAUGAUGAUGAUGAUGAUGGUGAAAGUGAUGAUGAAGAAGAUGAGGAUGAUGAUUUAUCUGAUGUUUUGGAUCUCAAUAAUAUUAGUGAUUAAGAUGAUGAUGAUGAUGAUGAAUCUGAAUCUGGUAAUUUACUAUUUACAUUCUCUAGAUAAACCAAGACGUAAAAAUAAAUCUAAACCUUAAUCAAAACCACAACCUAAACCAUCAUAAAAACCAACUUCUGCAAAACCCACUCAAUAACAAAAAAGACCACCACCAAGAAAAUGAG